AGUCUCACGCGGGAUCACGAUCGAAGCAGACGCGUUCACACCAAUUUAACCUACUUCAAAAGUUUACUUGCUUAAUUAAUAAGUAAAAAUAAUUUCAUUGCAUUAUUAUCAGCUUUGUUGUAUUAUCUGUGUGGUGUCAUCAUCAACAUGUUAUUCUUAGUGCUCAGUGCCAUUUUCAUAGCAAGUAGCGGAGGCACGCAGCUGGAAACUGACAGCUGUGAUUCUGCCGACCUUAACGUUUGUAUAGAACUGAUUCCCAAGACGCCUGUCGGAUUACCCAGAAACAAAAACGAACUAGACGCACAUUGCAAGGCCUACCACAUUGGAAUGCGAUGUAUGGAUGCUUGGAUUAGAAAGUGCUUGCCCACUGACGGACAAAAGAUACUACAGCAGCAAAUCGGAGGAGCACGCGCGCUCAUGAGGUUCCUCUGCACCAAUGAAACUGCUCUACGAAGAGAUUUCUUACAAGAACACAAAUGCUGGAACGUAGUUUCACCGAACUGGUCGAGGUGUGUUAACGAGCUGCAAGAGGAUGUUCGUGAGAUCACCAACCGGUCAAAACAACUCACGUACUUCUACAGUAAUGGUGAACUGUGCUGUGCUCGCGACGCAUUCGUGAUGUGCGUAGCAGACGCGGCCCGUGUUUGCUCUACAGGAGGAAGCACCUUACUUAGACGGAUGGCGUGGGUCUUAGCCCAGGACGUAGCGGCCUGUAAUUAUCAACCCAGAGCACGCUGUGCUGCCUCAGCGCCGUCAUUUUCUAUACCACUUUUCACCGCCUUAAGUUACUUAAUUUACCCUCCAAUAUUUUAAUUUUAAGCAUUGAGGAAAUCCAUGAUUUGUCAGAAGCAGCUGGUGGUUUUAAAAGGGAUGAAUGCGGAAAAGAUGGGAGCAAUUUUUUAGAGAUGCAAAUGGUAAUCUGUGACGCAUGAUAUCGUCAUUGAACGUUAGAGCCCCAUUCCGUUGGCGGCCAUAUAAAAAUAUGUAUAAUAGGCGUGAAAAUAUAUUGUUAAAGUGAAUUACAAAAAUUUAGAUCAAAAUUUCUUUUUUAUUGCUUAGAUGGGUGGACGAGCUCACAGCCCACCUGGUGUUAAGUGGUUACUGGAGCCCAUAGACAUCCACAACGUAAAUGCGCCACCCACUUUGAGAUAUAAGUUCUAAGGUCUCAGUGUAUAGUUACAACGGCUGCCCCACCCUUCAAACCGAAACGCAUUACUGCUUCGCGGCAGAAAUAGGCAGGGCGGUGGUACCCACCCGCGCGGCCUCACAAGAGGUCCUACCACCAGUAAAAAAAUAAUAAUAAUAAUAAUACACAAAUAUGUAUGUGUGUACAUCAAUUUAAAAAGUUAUUUCAUGUAUUCCCACUAAGCGGUGCAUUUUUAUCACUCACUAGUCGUGUACUAUAAAUGUUAUAGUAAGCUUAUAGAAUACUUCGGAGGCAAAUUUGCAGGAAAAAAAAGUUUGUUUAAAUAUGUAAAGCAAAACAAAAUAUUUCUAGUCAUAUGAUUUAUGUAUUUCUUAUUUAUUAUUAGUGCUAUGAUACGUAUAAAUAGAUCAAUCAGCAGUAGUACACGCAUUUUGGAACGAAGUUCCUUAUGGGACGAUGCGGAGGGGUACCCUAACCGGGAAUAAACGUCCGUAACGUAAGAUUUUUAUCAGUAAUGCACACAGUGUACGACUUAACGUUGUAAUAACGUACAAAAAAUAACAUAUUUGUUUAUCAUUCAUUGACCACGAUCUCAGAGCGUUCGCAUGUUACCGAAUGACCGUGGGUUGCUACGAAGCCUCCAGUUUUAUUUUCUCUAUGCCACGAAUAGAACUUAAAAUUAAUAUUUUUAUAAUAAGGAACUUCGUUCCUAUCCGGUAUCCCACGGCACCACACAUAUUUCUUCUUUAUUGCUUUGAUGAGUGAAAAAGCUCACGGCCCACCUGAUUUUAAGCGGUUACCGGAACUCAUAUACGUCUACAACGUGAAUGCCACCACUAUAUUAUUAUUUAUUUUAUCUUUUUCUUAUUAUAUUCUUCUUACAUAAAACAAUAUUAAGAAGAUUACAAAUUUCCCAACGCUGAUUAUCAAGCCUAACUUAUGAAAUAAUCAAUUAAAUGCUAUAAAAACAUAAAUCAGUCAUUAGGUUGUAGAUUCAACAAUCUUGACAUAAAAAUCCUUUUCCCUACCAUAUUAAUUUUUCCGAAAGUAUUUCCGCUCUUAUUGUCUUGUAAACUGGUAGUUUUUUUUGCUUUUACCCUUAUAUAGUCAGCAUAUAUAGAAUUUAUCUGAUUUUUUUUGUCCGAAACCUUAGAUAAAGUUGCAGAACAAUUUUGGGCCGGUUGCUAACUUUACUUAGUGGAAAUGUUUUAUCUCCCGAUUCUCCGAUAGUGAUCUAUAUUGAAUUAUACUUGUUCUUUCUACCAGCUAAGGUUUUGUAUUUAGACAGCCUAGUAAUGUUCAGACAUAUUGGAUUCUAGUCGUCAUUUAUGCGGUUCAAGUUUGCUAUGAAAACAUGUAAUAAAUUAGUUAUUAAUAUUAGAUUAUAUUAUAUUAUAUUUGUAAUAAAUAGAUAGAAUAGAUAGUUGGGGGGUAUAGGGACAAGUGAUACUCAAGACGGCCAGUGACACACUAACAUUUAUUACAAACAUAACAGAUAGUAAAUUCAAUUUGUUUUGUUUCUUAUGUAGCAUAAAUUGCUAUAUACUUUAGAACUAGUCUAUCAACUUUUGUCGUUCGUAGAAUUCGUUUCAAAAAUAAUAAAUAUUAAGCUGUUUAAAAUUGAUGUUGAUCACGAUAUUAUCGAAAUAUUUGUGUAAGUUGUAUGAUUGUUUAAAAACGCUCCAAAAGUGUUAUCUAGACGACUUCUCGCCCGUUGGGACAAAAAUUGUUAUUUUUCGAAGGGACAGAAUUCGAAACACGAAUAAACUAAAGAGGAAAUUAAA